AUGCCAAAACAGAGAAUGUGCUUGGCGUACGCAGUGAUCUUCGCCAUACUCACUUGCAGUUUUGCAGAGACGCGAAGGAAUGUCAUUCUGAUAAUCACCGACGAUCAAGACAUCGAGCUAGGCUCAAUGAAUUUCAUGCCGAAAGUGUUGAAGCUGAUGAAGGAAAAGGGUACCGAGUUCAAAAGCGGCUUUGUUUCAACGCCGAUUUGCUGCCCGAGCAGAUCAAGUAUUCUCACUGGCAUGUACGUACACAAUCACAACGUUCAUACCAACAACCACAACUGCUCCGGCGAAGACUGGCGGAAAAUCCACGAAUAUCGCAGCAUCGGAGUUUACAUGAAGGAAGCUGGAUACCGAACCGCUUAUUUGGGAAAAUAUUUGAACGAGUACGAAGGCGACUACGUUCCUCCAGGAUGGGAUUACUGGAUGGGAUUAGUGAAGAACAGCAAAUUUUAUAAUUACACAAUUAAUUUCAAUGGAAACCGUGUCAAAUAUGGAGCAGACUACCAGAAGGACUAUUUCACAGAUCUUGUGACGAAUUAUUCAGUGAAAUUCAUUGAGGAUCAUAUCCUGAAUCAUAGCGAAACGCCGUUUCUCGUUGUAAUAAGUUAUCCAGCACCACACGGGCCCGAGGAUCCUGCACCGCAGUAUGCCGAUUUGUUUGAGGACAUUGAUUCACACAGAACAGAAUCGUGGAACUACGCUCCGAAUCCAGACAAACAAUGGCUUCUUCAGCGAACGGGAAAGAUGGAGCCUGUACAUGUGGCGUUCACUGAUUUACUGCAUCGACGUCGCUUGCAGACGCUGCAAAGUGUGGACGAAGGAGUACACCAGGUUUUUUCCACUCUUCGAGACCACAACUGUCUUUCCUCCACAUAUGCGUUCUACACGUCCGACCACGGAUAUCAUCUAGGCCAAUUUGGUCUUAUCAAAGGCAAAAAUAUGCCGUAUGAAUUCGACAUCCGUGUACCAUUUUUUGUUCGAGGACCUGGCGUGAUGAAAAAUUUUAGUAUCCGGGAGCCAGUUCUGAAUGUGGACCUAGCGCCGACAUUCCUUGCUAUCGCAGGUGCUGCCGUCCCCGCUCACAUGGAUGGGCGCAACCUGCUGGAUCUUAUCGCUAUGAAGAAAGCCGUUUCGCAAGGAAAAGCAGAAAAAGCGAAACAGCACGCUCCGUGGAGGGAUACUGUUCUGAUAGAAAGAGGCAAAAUGCCGAAACUACGAAAAAUCCGCGAUCGAUGGUUGAACCAGAAAGAGCGAUACGGGAAGGAGAUGCGUUUGAACGAGGCUUGCAGCAAACCAGAAUGGCAACGUCCUUGCAGCGGAACACAGCAGUGGACAUGUUAUCGAUCGACUGACGAUCGCUGGAGGAUUCUGAAAUGUCGCGACAAAAGAAGUCGACACUGUCCUUGUGGUAAUGAGAAAAGACAGAAAAGACAUGCACCAAAUCCUAGUGUGGAGGAAAGCGAUUCGGAUGCGAUUGACGAGUUUUUGCGGACCGUUCAUGAAUACAACGUAGUACGAAGCAAAGAUUGGUAUCAAGGAUACUUUGCUGCCCCGAUGUCGCGUCAACGUCGUAAUGUGUGCUCAUGUCGUGGUAACAGCUUACAUCCUUUGAAGCUCGAGGAAUUCAGUGUCCGCGCUAGCGACUUACCCGAUGCACAUCGCAAGAAGAAGGACAAAGGCAAUUCCACAAACCCUGAACGAGCAGCGUGUUCUGUUCAACAAAUGAAUUGUUUCCUGCAUAGUAUCGACCAUUGGAAAACACCUCCGUUGUGGCCGGAUCAAUAUGGACAGUUUUGCUUCUGUCAGAACUCGAACAAUAACACCUAUUGGUGUCUUCGUACAAUCAACGAGUUCGAGAACUUCCUGUACUGUGAGUUCGUGACAGAGUUUGUCAGCUUCUACGACCUAAACGAUGAUCCUUAUCAGCUGCACAAUAUCGUCUACUCCUUGGAUAUGAGUACUCUGGAGAAGUUGAGCGAACGACUUCGGCACCUGCGAGAGUGCAAAGGAGCGUCGUGUGAGCAUUAUUCGAGCCCAGACUGGCAGUCGACGUCUGUUUACCGUGAAGAAAAAACAUUACUUUAA